GCUGAUCAUCCAGCAGUUCCUCCAAUCAUGAAGUGCAUCAUUUUACUGGCUCUCUUUGCUGCGGCAUUCACUGCCCCUGUUGACGCUGAUGAUAAGAUCGUCGGAGGGUAUGAGUGCGCAGCACACUCAUUGCCCUACAUAGCAUCUCUGAAUAUUGGAUAUCACAUUUGUGGAGGCUCUCUGAUUACUACAUGGUGGGUCCUGUCUGCUGCCCAUUGCUACAAGUCCUCUGUUGAGGUGCGUCUAGGUGAGCACAACAUUCAUGUCUACGAGGGCACUGAGCAGUUCAUCUCUUCCUCCAUAGUCAUUCAGCACCCUGAUUACAAUGAUGCUACCUACGACAACGACAUCAUGCUUAUCAAGCUGAGCUCAGCUGCCAUCCUGAAUGAAUAUGUGAGCACUGUGCCUUUGCCCUCACCCUGCAACUUCCCCUCUGCUGGUACCUGGUGUCUGGUCGCCGGAUGGGGAAACACUCUCAGCAGUGGCACAAAUUACCCUUCCACUCUGAGAUGCCUUGACGUUCCUAUCUUGAGUGACAGCACUUGCACAAGCUGUUACCCUGGUGAGAUCACCUCUAACAUGUUCUGUGCUGGCUUCCUAGCGGGAGGCAAAGACUCUUGCCAGGCUGAUUCUGGUGGACCAAUCAUGUGUGAUGGUGUGCAACAGGGUAUUGUGUCAUGGGGUGAUGGCUGUGCCCUAGUGAAUAAGCCUGGUGUCUACACCAAAGUCUGCAAGUACAUCUACUGGAUCAACGGCAUCAUUGAGAACAAUUAGAUCUGUCAGAUGUAGCUUUUUUUUUUUUGUGCCAUCACUUAGUAAUUUCCAAAAUAUCUAGAAAAGAUUAAAAAUCAUUAGCAAAA